GUGAUGCGCUCGGGAGGCGCCUCCGCAGCCGCUCCGCGGAGCCGCGCCGGGGCCGAGCCGAGCCGGGCCGGGCAGCGCAGGCACGGUUGAAGCCCCCCGGAGCGGUGCUGUCGGGAGGCGAUGGGUGGCCCAGGUGGGGUGCGGAGACCUGGAGGCAGCGGCUUCGGUUGUGUGCGGCGAUAUCCAUCAAGGCGGGACUGGGGGAGCGCCGGGCUGGCGUCGGCGUGAGGUCACGCAGGGGUGCUGAGGUCACGCAGGGGUGCUGAGGUCACGUACGGGUGCUGAGGUCACGCACGGACCUGGAUGCUGCUGGUGGCCGUUUAGAUGUGCCCUACAUUUUGGGGCUCCACCAUUUGGAGAGGCGACACUCAGCCGGAGCCGUUCGCCCCGUCGCACCCGGCUGUCACGCUCGCCCGCACCGAGAUGCUUCGUGUGGCCGGAGCCAGCAGCUCACGUGUGCUCGGCCCCUCUGCAAGAUGAAACGAGCAGCAGUACCACCGCUGGAUGAGCUUCUGGAAGCCCUGGCUUGUUCCCUCAGCAAGGCCAGGCUGCCCGCUGUGAUUUUCGGGUGUGCACAUCCCCGUGCCCUCUUCUGAGGGGCGCUGGCACCGGUGUACGGCUUGCAGCCCCCAGGAGCUGUGCCCCUGGGGAUGUCCUCCCCUGAGCACCAAGCUGCCGUCGGUCUGCACCGCCCCAGCGGGGUGUAUUUCGGAGCUGCCAGGAGGAAGAUCUCGCCUUUGAAGGUGCCCUUGAGCAGAUGACUGACAAGGUGAUGAACGGGAGGGUGCCCCUGCCCGAAAAAGCCUUGUCCGAGGGCUAUGCCCGGCUGCGCUACAGGGACACCUCGCUGCUCAUCUGGCAGCAGCAGCAGCAGAAGCUGGAGUCAGCGCCGCCCAACACGUACCUGAGCCGGAGCCGCAGUAUGUGGUACUCGCAGUACGGCAACGAAGCCAUCCUGGUGCGGGACAAAAACAAGCUGGAUGUCUCCAGGGACACGGGACAGUCCAAGUUUUGUGCUAUCAUGUAAUUCCGGCGGCUUGGCAUCAGGAAUCUGCAUGUGGAGACGAACCAGACCUGCAUCAAGCUGGGAGCGGAGGGCUCGCACCGUUCCACCAGACCUGCGGCUAAGGCCGGGUGUGGGAUAGGUCAGGAAGGCUGCUGGAAAUUUACGUUUAUUUUUUGCUGUCGGUAGCGUCUGAUUUUGCAUGUUGUUGAGCGUAUAUAACAAAAACAGCCUCGCUCAGGAACUGAUGAGCCUGUGUUUGCCGCCUAGCAUCAUCGGCAGGGUCCGUGCUGGACCAUGUGUUGCUUGUAAGUGGCUUGUGUACCGUGAACAACACCCGCUGCCAUUUGGGAACUGUCCCCAGCAGGCACUUUACCUUGCUAGUCCUUAGGCAUUGCCAAAGCUCUGCGAACGCUGGUGGGAGACAGGCGAGUCUAGAUUGGAUACUGCUGAGAUUAAGAUUUUAGGAAGAUUAUCUGCUAACAUACACAGCCAGUACUUGUUCUGCUUGCCCUGUCUGCCUUUAAUUACUUCCCUGGAAGUGGUCUCUUAGAACCAGGUCGUGAAGUUAAAUGAUUUAUUGGGCAAGGGGAAGAGGGAAAAAAUGUGUUGAGAAUUUUAUCUGAGCCUUCAAAAUACUUAGCAGGAAAGGUGCUUUGCAGCUUCAUCCUCUGCAAAGCAAAGUGCCCUUUAAGUUUGGAAUUACAGAAAUAAAUUACAGACAGGACUUCUGGAGCCAGUGCAGCUGAGUCCCUUCCUGCAGCAAGAUCCCCAGCCCCAGUAAAGCUUGCACGAGCCCCAGCUAAUGCUCCAGGAAUGUAUUGCCAGGUGAACCACCUGAGAGGGAGGGACAGGCCUAAGAGAGCAACAGGAAGAAAGCUGCUGUAAAUACACACAUCUCCUGCUGGGGGGUAUCGGGACGCUCCUGCACAGGGAGUACGUACCUGCAGCCAGAGAUCAGCUACAGAAAAAAAACAGCCUACUGAGGUUUGCUUUGCGUGUAGGUUUUAAGACGUGUAGGAGCUUGAAAUAAUUUCUAAUUCAGGUUGGAUAACAUCUCUUGCUUUAGCAGAUUUGGUACACAUACACUGUGUGUGGCAGCAUUUGUUUCAACCAACUGAAGGGUUUUAGGAGACAAAAAUACUGCAGUUAUACCUCUUAGGAAUGGAUCCUGCUCUCACGUUGUUGCUGUCGGAGCGGAGUCCCUAACUUCCUCAUGACAGGGUCAAGCUGAGAACCCAACCCAGCAAGCACCUAAACCUUUCUUAAAGACAAAGCAGUACCACUUCCAGGGUCGUUCAUUAUGUUCCCAGGGUUCAGCAUUAAAGUGUAACAUCGGGCUGAAGUCACAGGCUCCCCUUUAACAUUCUGCCUCAGGCAUCAUCCUGCAGGCUGAGCCCCGUGUGCUCAACCCAGCAGUACUUGGACAUGGGCUCAACUUCAAGCAAAUCAGUAUUUGAUGUUGACUUCAAGGUGGAUUAUUUACCUGCCUAAAAUUAGGCAUAGUCAGUACUCCUAUAGUUAUAAAACCUCUCCCGUUAAACAUUUUUCAAGCACUUUGUUUUUUUUAAGUAUAGCAAAGAAGAAUUUUCUCCACCUCUCCUGUGCGCAUUAAAUGCACAGACACUGAAGUUUGCUGAAGUUGACGUGUUGAGCAGAACAUACCUGCGUCACCGUGAGAUCAGAGAGGUUUGAUGUACUCAGCCCUGAUCGGAGCAAGUAUAUUCACUGCAAAAAGUGGGCAGCUCUUAUUUUUAAUGUAACUAUUUAUGCAUGUGUUAAUGUUUGGUACCUUGUGUGUGUGCUCAUAAAACUGAACCUGCUGAGAUGGACCUCAGUGCUUCACAGACAUAGGCAUUGCUCUGCACACUCAAAGAGUCCUCUUGAUCUUGGCAGGAUGAGCUCUAGCUGAGAAAUAUUUUCGGUGAAUGUUUUUUCAGCUGGGGAAAAAGCACUCAACAGGAUUCACAACACUAACUAGACUCAGAAAGCUGCUAGCGGGGCGGCAGAACCGCUGUACGGAGCGGGCUGGUUAAGGCAGGGCACUGCCUGGGACACGAGGCGCACCCGGGGCUCCAGACAGGCGAGCACUUAGAAAAAUGGGCAGGAGCCUGGCCCCAGGGCUCCCCUGGGAAGCGCAGAAGCAACCUGGUGAGGCAGAAUUGGGCUCAGGGUCUUUCCAGCAGCCCAGGGGAGCGCCCUAACCCAGGGAGUUUGAGGAACUAGGGAGAACAACAGCACAUUCCCAAAGCCAGCUGUUCAUUUUCUUUACUUUUCUUAUAGAAAAAUCACAUUUAUUUUUUUAAUUUCAGUAAGAAAGAUGAUUAUUUUGGGUAUAAUCAGUCCCUUUUUGUUUCUGUGGCUGGUAAACCAAAAUUCAGCUUACUUAAAGCGUUAAACUAUUCAGGAAUAAAAGCUUAAGUGUGUGCAUAAGUUCUUCCAGGACUGAGGGUAGACAGGACCGUAAGAGAAGUGUGACUUGUUCUUCCCGCUCAUGCCCGUGAGUGUGAGUGCAGUUUCCGUAGCUGUGUCCUCAUUAGUCACAGCAGGGUUGUGGGGUGGCUGCUGGGAAGUGAGCAUUUCUGUAAGGCAGGUGGGUCGUGUUAAUGCACUUGUUUAAAAUGCUGUUUUAGCCUCGUUGGUUAAGUGCAUUAAAAUUAUUUAAAUGCA